UAACCUUACCUCUAUAUUGCAGCUGUGUCAGGCUAGGUGAUGGUAACUAUUUUCCAUCGGAUAGAUGGUGGGCUUGUACGCCAAUGUAUUUAUCCUUCAAGUCAAAGAACCUCCUCUUUAAACUUAGUCGAAAAACAUUAACAAAUCUUAAUAAUGACGUCUUUCAACGUUAGGUAUUACAUUAGUAAUCAUUCUGUAGUUUUGACAUUAUUUCUGCAUUUUAAAGUGUCAAGAAUAUUUUGUAAUGUUUAAACUGAAACCUUCAUUCUAUUUAAAAUAUUUAACGAGAAAUAUAACGCUGAGCCAACACGAGCGAAAUGUAUGCUGGCCAAGACCAGACUAUGGGCCUAUGGAAGUUCAGAGAUCUGUACUCUUAAACGGGAUUAGAGUGGCGGCAGUGAAACCUCUGGGCUCUCAAAUUGCUGCUUGCACUAUUAUGUACCAGGCUGGUUCUCGUUAUGAGUCAGACGACCAUAUCGGAGCAGGCCAUUUCAUCCGAGUAGGAGCCUCAUCCUCAGGUUGUGGUUACACAUCCUUCUCCAAAAUGCGAUAUCUGCAGCAAAAUGGCGCCACCAUCACAUGUUCCACAGACAGACAGAAGAUCUCGUUCACUCUGCAAUGCCCUGUCACCUGUUACCCGGAACUGAAGCAUUAUUUGUUGGAUACAGCCGCACGAUGUUGCUACAAUAAAUGGGAACUAGAUGACCGCAAGCAACUAAUAAGAGAAGAUCUAAUGCACAUACAUCCAGAACAGCGCGUCAUUGACUUAGUGCAGCGAGCUUGCUUCACCGGCCCCUUGUCCAACUCCGUCUUCUGCGAAGAAGAGAGGAUACACGACAUGUCAGAAAAUAGCGUGAACUGCUUCGCAAGGACGCAUUUCAGGAGUGAUGCGUGCAGCAUCGCCAGUAUUGGCGUGCCUUUCGAGGAGACUCUAAAAUUGGCUGAGAAAAUUGAAUUUAAACGGGAAAAGCCACCAACCCGGUGGGAGCAUUUGUCAUGCGCUCGCGGUGGCUUUGAACUAUACGACCUCGGACCUGGUAGCGAUACGUGGAUUGCCGUUGCUGUACCCGGCUGCGGCACGUGUGAUAUCUCUGAUCUGUUAAAGCAUGCGAUAGUGGCUGCGGCGUGUGGCACCGGCAACAUGCAAGUGGGACAGCACAGCCUCGACCGCACGCCGCAGCCGCCGCUCGGCAAGAUGGCCGGCGACGAUGUGUACACAGAGUACAAGGCUUUCAAUAUUUCUUACCGGGAGACUGGGCUAUUUGGAAUAGUAGCGAAGACUCGUGCCUCGACAGCGUUCAAUGUGGCGCUUGCUGCCGCUGAAUUUCUAGCAAAUGUCGGUGAUUUGGACUCCAGUCAGAUACAGGUCGGGAAGCGGAGACUCGAACUAAGCUUGGCCAUGAACGAGGACAGCUGUGUGGGCGUGACCGAGGGCAUGGCGCUGCAGCUCGCCAACAACAUACAGAUGGACAGCGCCAAGAGCGCGCUGUGCAUGAUCGAACUGCUCUGUCCCGAGGAGAUCUCCUGUACCGCCAAGGCUUUGUCUUCCAAACGCGGGUGCAUGGCUGUGGCCGUCGUGGGCGACAUCGGCGCAGUGCCACACGACAGAGAACUAAUAUGCCAGUAGCUUUUAAUUUAAUGUGCAAUUGGUAUUGCUCUUCUCGACAAUAAAUCUUUGAUUUUUAAUAAAAUAUAAUUGAAAUCUU